UAGAAACAGCGAACAGUUCUUCACGGGUCACUGAGGAGAGCAGCAGAGCCAUCACGAUGGCCGUGCCUUUCCUGUCCGGCAUCGCCUUCCGUAUCAUCGUAUUUAUCACCGCCACCUUCGCCCUGCCAUAUACCGAGCCACCGCUGAUCCAUGACCACCCCUUUGUAGCCAUAUGGAACGCCCCCACCGACCAAUGUCAAAAACUUGACAUCCCACUGGACACCGCAGCUUUCCAGGCAGUGACCACGCCUAGCGCCUUGCCCGGUCAGUUCCUCACCAUCUUCUACGAGGACCGACUUGGCCUUUACCCUAAAGUUGACACCAUCAAGCGCAAGCUUUACAGCGGUGGAAUCCCCCAAAAUGGCAACCUGACCCAGCAUCUGGCCAAGGCCCAGACUCAGAUAGAUCACUUCAUCUCCCAGGAUUCCUCUCCUGGGCUGGCUGUCAUCGACUGGGAGUCCUGGCGUCCCCUGUGGGACCAGAACUGGGGAUCAAAACGUGUUUAUCAGAAGCUGUCCAUCGCUCAAGCCCUGCAGAUGGCCCCAUUUGUAUCAUCUAAGAAGAUUUCCAAACUGGCCAAGAGCCAGUUCCAACACGCCGGCCGGCACUUCAUGGAGAGGACCAUCAGUCUUGGCGUUGGUGAGCGUCCGAGCCGGCGCUGGGGCUUCUACCUGUUCCCUGACUGCUUCAACUACGGCUGGGAGAAACCCGGCUACACGGGGAAGUGCUCCACGCAGACCCAGAAGCAGAAUAACCAGAUGCUGUGGCUGUGGGAGCACAGUACCGCCCUCUUCCCCUCCGUCUACCUCCACCUGAAUCUGAGGAACUCCCCCCGGGCCGCACUUUAUGUCCGCAACCGUGUCCAGGAGGCGCUGAGAGUGGCGGCACUGCCUAAACGUCCGUAUACGGUGCCAAUCUACGUCUACUCCAGGCCACUGUACCGGGAUCAGACCCAGAAGUUCCAGAGUCUGACCGACCUGGUGAGCACUGUGGGAGAGUCUGCAGCUCUGGGAGCUUCAGGGGUCGUAAUGUGGGGAGGAACCAGAGACUACAACAAUAAGGCUGCCUGUCAGUCUCUGUCCGAGUACCUGACGUCCACCUUCAACCCCUACAUCGCUAACGUGACAGCCGCCGCCAUGCUCUGCAGCGAGGUCCUGUGCCAAAAAAGGGGUCGCUGUGUGAGGAAGAACUACGACUCCUCCCAGUACCUGCACCUGAACCCCACCUACUUCAGCAUCCUGCGGGCCGCCAAGAGGUACGUAGCGAUCGGUCUACCCUCCGCCGCCGACCUCGACGCCUGGGCCGAAAACUUCACCUGUCAGUGCUACGCAGGGUGGAGGUGUUCACCAAACCUGGUGCAUCCGACCACCAUCAGACUCAUCUGGGUUUAAUCUGAAAGGAGACGCACAGAUUUGAUUAUACGGUCGUAAAUACAAUACAACAAUCUGAUAAAUUCUUUCUAAAUUACAUCAGAAAUGUGUUUAUUUAAAAAAAAAACAGAAAAGUUUAAUGUGUAAAAAAUCCAGGUUUAAAAAUGUGUAAAAAAUCCA